AUGGACGCGACGUGCCGGGUCAACUGUUACGCGGCCAAAGCGUUCGGACUGCUGCCGCUGGCCGGCGGCCGCAAGCCCGCGUCGGUGCUGUACGCCGCGUCGCUGUGGACGGCCUUGUGCACGUCCGGAAUGUACGCGGUCCAUUACCACUUCGAGAACACCAAAAACGUGUCGCCGAAACACACCAUGCUGAUGAGGGUACGGUAACGACCGCGGCGCGUCAUAACGCAGCGGUCCCUUUCUCCCCCCACCCCGUAUCCGCGGGAUGGGUAACAUGGGGAAAUCGCCAACUCCCCCGUCAGACGCGUUUCGGGCUCCCGCGAAAAACGUUUGUCGGAAGACGGCCGAUAAAGAGUCGUAGUAUUUUUAUUGUUUUUUUUUUUUUUAAUGCUCCCUCGGUUGAGGGAGUAGGGGUGGAUGGUACAAAAUAAAAUACGCGCCGUGUUGUGCGGUUUGGGGUCCCCGUGCCAGUUCCCCCCCCCGGAUCGGUCGAUGUCCGCGGACCAAGCAUUCGCUACGAACGGACGAACCCUCCGCGCACCGACGUCAAUCCGUUUCCGCGGUCGAAGACAAUCCGAUGCACGUGUACCGUUGAAAAUAUCACGGAAAAUUGCGUUGAACCGUAACGUUAUUGAAACACGUCGAAUCGCGACCACGGUAAUCGUAUGGCCGCGCGUCAGUCAACUCGGCCGCUGAGAAGCGUCCGCUGUGUUCGACGGCGGCACAAAUGGGGCGCGCGGCUUGUCUGUAAGACCGACGAGUUCCGUAUCGGGCGUAUCGAUUCAAGAACGGACGACCCGUGAGUCACGAAACGUAAACGAUUUCGGUACCCGGGUGUCGCGAGCCGUCGACAAAACAUCGAUAUUCGCCGUUCUUCGUUCCGGCCCCCUUUUUUUUUUCUUUUUUUUUCGUACGUUACGUUAUUUUCGGUUUUCCGGUCCGGCGCUUGGUCGUCGUGUUUUUUAUACGGGCGAAAAUCAUUCUAGUGUUCGAACCGAUAAAUUGUGUAAUGCGUGUUCGAUCCGUGUUCGUGGCCCCGCACGGUCGUUUUCGCACUCAAACCGAACGCCUCGACAAAUCGCUCUGUCCAUAACUGCUGCAGGCGAAUUAUACAAACGAACAAAACAACGUCGUAUUUACGACAAGUGGACAGGCGGAUACGGGGACAAAAAUUAACUAUUGAAAACGAUCGAUUAAGUACUAACCGUAUCCUAAAACAUUUGUAUUUAUUCGAUUGUCAUUUAGCGCGUUGACCAUAGCCGUUUCGAAGCUAUAAACAAGUUUCGUCGGUGUGAAUCCGAGUCCUCUGCUUCCACGGUUAACAAAUCGGGUCCAAAGUCGGCUGUGUACGGAUCGUGA